CGGCGCGGCAUGUGAGUGUCCGUUUCCGGCCGGGGCGUCUUCCGGGUUCGGGGCACCAUGAGCACCAUGUUCGCCGACACGCUCCUCAUCGUCUUCAUCUCUGUGUGCACCGCGCUGCUGGCCGAGGGUAUAACAUGGGUGCUAGUUUACAGAACAGACAAAUACAAAAGACUAAAAGCUGAAGUGGAAAAACAGAGCAAAAAAUUGGAGAAGAAGAAGGAAACAAUAACUGAAUCAGCAGGCCGACAGCAAAAAAAGAAAAUAGAGAGGCAAGAAGAAAAACUGAAAAACAACAAUAGGGACUUGUCUAUGGUUCGAAUGAAGUCCAUGUUUGCAAUUGGCUUUUGCUUUACUGCCCUGAUGGGAAUGUUCAACUCCAUAUUUGAUGGACGAGUGGUUGCAAAACUCCCCUUUAUCCCUCUCUCCUACAUUCAGGGUUUGUCCCACCGCAACCUGCUGGGGGAGGAUUACACUGAUUGCUCCUUCAUCUUCCUUUAUAUACUCUGCACUAUGUCUAUCCGGCAGAACAUUCAGAAGAUGCUUGGCCUUGCUCCUUCUCGAGCUGCCACAAAGCAGGCAGGGGGCUUCCUUGGCCCCCCUCCUCAGGCUGGGAAAUUCUCUUAAAGGGCAGUUACGCAACUCACUGCAGUUCCUGUUGAUCUCAACAUCUAAACCAGACUGCCUUCGGUUUGUAACAAGAUCAGAUUCCACAGCUUGCUUUCUAUGCAGCCAGAGUAACCUUUUGGAUAGUUACUAGAACCACAGAAGCGUCUUGUACAUCUGGAGUAUUCUACAGACAGCUGCUUUUGACUAUCAGCUUUGAAUCAAGGGUCCGGGCAGAUGUUUGUUUUGUGUGUCUGAGAAAUAAAUGGUUUGGGGAUGGUGCGUUUUAAAAUAUAGUCACCUAGUCCUGUUACAGGAGCAGUGGACCGACUUUGCUUUAAUAAAAGGCCUGCAAGAAACACAAGACUUUUUUGAAUCUAUAAAUAUGGAAGCUAACUCAGGAUGAUCAGAAAUUAAAAUAAACAUCCUGGAAAGUU